AUGCCACAACCUUCAGAAGAGAGAUGGAAAGAGAUUGCAAAAGAUUUCCAAACAUAUUGGCAUUUUCCUAAUUGUCUUGGCGCAUUGGAUGGCAAGCAUGUAAACAUAAUAUGCCCAAUAAAUGCUGGAUCAACCUAUUACAACUAUAAAAAAGAUCAUUCAAUCGUAUUGCUUGCUUUAGUUGAUGCUCAAUAUAAAUUUGUUAUGAUAGAUGUAGGGGCGUAUGGCCGUAACAGUGAUGGUGGUGUAUACGAAAAUUCCGUGAUGGGGAAAAUGUUCGAACGGAACCAACUGAAUGUUCCACAGAAUACUCCAAUAUAUCAAAAUUCUGAACCUAUGCCGUAUACUAUUGUGGCUGAUGCAGCAUUUCCUUUAAAAACGUACCUUUUAAAGCCCUACAGUAAAGCAAAGCUUGUAAACAAUGAUUCUAAUAAAGUAUUUAAUUACCGUUUAUCACGUGCUCGAAGAACUGUAGAAAAUGCUUUCGGAAUUUUAAGAGCAAGGUUUCGCAUUUUUCAAGGACCUAUGCAAGUACAACCGGAUAUGGCAGACAUAAUCGUACAAGCUGCAUGUGCCCUUCAUAACUAUUUGCGUACCGAAAAAUCGCAAGAAAUUGAAGAAAAUUAUCUAAAUUCUAAUGAAAGUCAAAGUUCUCAAGACGGUCUCGCUAAUAUUGAAAUUGUCGGAAGAAAUUACCGUCAAGACGCUAUUGCUGUUAGAGAAAAAUUUAAAGAGUACUUUGUUUCUCCAGAAGGACAAGUACCGUGGCAAAUGGAUAUGAUCAGACAAGGCAGAAUAGACUAG